AUGUCGUCUUCCUUCUCCCGCCUCGCCGCCCUCCUGUCAAUGCUGGCCCUCGUCGCCCAUCUGCACGACGCCUCCGCCUCCCCCGCCACCGCCACGCAGUUCCUGUCCGCGGUGAACGGCGUGCGGCGGCAGGCCGGGGAGCCGCCGCUGGCGUGGAGCGCGGCGGCGGGCCUGCGCGCCGAGCACCACGUCGGCUGGCUCCGCAGCUCCGGCGGGUGCGACCCGGCGAAGAUGGACAGGGACCCGACGGGGAUCGUCGCCGGCAGCGCCCAGACGUACUUCUUCGGCACGGGGCGGGUGGCGGCGGCGGACGUGGUCGGCGCCUGGGCCGGGGAGCGGCGGUGGUACGACGCCGGCGCCAGGGCCUGCGUCGCCGGCAAGCAGUGCGGGGACUACGAGAUCUUGGUGGGGGCCGCGACGAAGCAGCUCGGCUGCGCCCUCGCCGUCUGCUCGUCCGGCAACACCGUCGCCGUCUGCGAGUACUACCCGUAUAUUAAUUAA